AGCUGUUUGUCAAUUUUGUCAUGUAUUGGUUUACGUGUAUUUUGGGAUUUCAAUUUUUAGUAUUUUUACUGUUAUACUUAUCACUUUUAUCUAGUCAAUUCAUCAUUAUAUAGGCAAUGAGAGCGAUGAGAUUCAUUGAUAUUAAAAAUGUAUGUGUAUACACUGAAAUUGAUAGUUUAUGUGGGAGUAUUUAGUCAGUGUUACUGUUUUUUUAAUCAACAUCAAGAAUUAAAUUCCAAUGAAUGUUUUUGUCAAUUAAAAGGAAAAAUUGAUGAGUGUUCAUGUAGCAUCGACACAGUAGAUAGUUUUAAUAAUGUGAAGAUUUUCCCUAGACUAAGAAGUUUAUUAGAGAAGGAUUUCUUCAGAUUUUUUAAAGUCAAUUUGAAAAGGCCAUGUCCAUAUUGGGCAGAUGAUAAUCGUUGUGCUAUGCGCUAUUGUCAUGUAGAAUCAUGCGAAGAAGACGAAAUACCUAUCGGUUUAAAGGGUGAUAUAAAACAUAUGUCCUUUAAGUAUAGUGAAAAUGAAGCUCACGAUUGUACCGAUCAGUCUAUGAAUCUUGAUUAUUUAAAUAAAACCAUAAGUGAAAAGGCUCAGCAUGAUAUGGAGAAGUGGGCAGCUUAUGAUGACGCACAGGAUAAUUUUUGUGUAAUAGAUGACAAGGAUGAAGAAGCAGAAUAUGUUGAUUUACUUUUAAAUCCUGAAAGAUAUACAGGAUAUGCUGGGUUGUCAGCACAAAGAGUCUGGAAAGCAAUUUAUUUAGAAAAUUGUUUUAGACCUAAAAAGAGUUUUAGUUUUAACUCUUACAUACAAAGCGAUCGACUUAAUGAUAUGUGCUUGGAAGAAAGAGUAUUUUAUAGAGUUAUAUCAGGUUUACAUGCUAGCAUUAAUGUUCAUUUAUCUGCUAAUUAUUUAUUAUCCAGUCAUAAUGGAUUGUCUUUGAAGAAUCCACAUGGAGAAUGGGGACCUAAUUUGGAAGAAUUUAAAAGAAGAUUUUCACUAGAAACCACAAAUAAUGAAGGCCCUAAUUGGUUACGCAAUUUGUACUUUAUAUAUCUGAUUGAACUUAGAGCUAUAUCAAAAGCAGCACCUUACUUGGAAAGGCAUGAGUAUUAUACAGGUAAUACCUCUGAAGACUAUGACACUAAAAUGGCAGUAAAAGAUUUACUAUCAGUAAUAAAGAGCUUUCCAAAUCAUUUCGAUGAAACAACGAUGUUCAGGGGUAGCAAAGAAGCCAAUAAACUAAAAUACGAAUUUAAGCAGCACUUCAGGAAUAUUACCAGAAUAAUGGAUUGCGUUGGUUGUGACAAAUGUCGGUUAUGGGGUAAACUACAAACUCAGGGCUUGGGUACAGCUUUAAAAAUACUAUUUAGUGGUCACUUCGAUUAUGACGACAAAUUACUAAACAAAAAACAAAUGCAGAUCCAGAGGAAUGAAAUCGUCUCGCUCUUAAAUGCCAUUGGAAGAUUGUCCACAAGUAUUUAUAAAUUGGAUGAUUUUAGACAAAUGAUUAAAUAAACAAUGAUAAUCAAUAUGUGCAGCAUUUAUUGUUAAUGUUAAUAUAUGUUUUCUAU